GAUAGUCAAAGACGGUCAAUUCAACUGGGACAUCAAAAACCCCUAAUUUCUUUCACUCCACCUCCUCGUUUCUCCCUUUCCCGCGCCUAUCGCUCAUCAUCUUCUUCUUAAAGAUCCAAGCAGGAAGGAAUCCCGGCCCUCUCAUCGGUGAUCGAUAAUUAUGUCUAUAGAAGAAGACUACUGUUUGCUUCGUGAUGAGGAUGUUGUAACACCUCUUCUCAGGAUGGAGCUUGGAAAAGAGGCCCGAAGCUUGAUUCUAAAUGGCGUUCCACCUCAAUUAAUCGCUAAAGUUUUCGAAAAUGUUAGUCGUAAGGUCGUUAAGAAGAUCAACAAAUACGCUGUAAGCAUGGAGGAUUUUGACAUGAAAGACGUACUAUCCAAAUACUUUGCCACUCAACUUCCGACACAACUGUUUGAAUCUUCUCGAAGUCAUAUAGCAAACAUUAUUGUUGAUGCUGUCUAUGCUUCAGGAUAUGAUUAUGAGGGUGCUGGUCCUUAUGAGAUUGGUAUGGAUGAUUUUGAAGAUGGGUUCAACCUGAUUGGAAUAAAAAAGGUUUUGGGUGGUUGUGUGGAUAACUCUUUUUCUGUAGAAGGUAUCGGCAUCGUGUUUAAACCACAUGUUGAUGGUUUUGAGAAUCUGGAUGUGGUUGAGAAUUCAGAGAUCCUGAUCAUAAACGUCAAGCCUGAUCUAAAUUCCCAACUAAAGGAUAUGAGCCUUGAGUUCAUCCUAAUUGAUAUACUGAAGAAUCUUGUGAAGAAGCGUCCCAAGGUCGUUUUGACAAGUCAAGCUAUUGACAAGGAUACAAAAAAGGUUUGGGCAAAGCGAUGUAUAUAUUUUGCAGAUCUAGUUUCUGAAGAUGAUCUAGAUCGUAUUGCAGAAGCAACUUUGGCUAAAACGAUAUUCUACAACCAUAAAUAUCAACUAAGAAUACGUUUUGGGACUUGCAAGAGUUUUCAGCAAAAGAUAUAUGGAAAUGAAGUGUUUGGCAUAUUUAGUGGAUGUCCUAGAGGCAAGGCAGCCACUAUUGUUCUUUAUGGAAAUGACCAGUACAUUGAAGAAGCAGAGAUGUAUGUACGUGAUCUGAUCCCUGAAGUGAGGAGUGUCAUUAAGGAACACACAUUAGUUGAUGGUCGUAAAUUCUAUUACAAUCUAAUCCAAUAUGUACACGAAGAGGCAGACAAUGCAGACGAAGACUCAAAACCAAUUAUAAAUGCAUUUGCUAAAGCAAUUAAGGCUGUAUCAGAAUCAAGUCAGAUUCAUGCAAUCGCUCCUGGUGUGGAUACCGUUGUGUGGGAGCCACCAUCUGUAAAGUUUCAUGCCAUUCUUCGUGCUGCUGAUGUAGUCUGCAGUCAGUUACUCGACGACAGUUACUUAAAAAAGAUGAUGGGAGCAACAAGUUCAUAAUGGAAGACAAAACAAGUAAGAGGAAAAGAUGUCAAGCUGACAAUGUUUGUGUGCUUAUUACUAGUAUUUAUCAUGUUGACUUUGACUUAAUACCUACUUAAUCACUUCCUUGUGGUCUUCUAAGCACAAUUUGGUUUUGUAAUACUCUCUAAGCCCUUUCUUAUGUAGUCAUCUUUAUCUA